AUGACCAAUUUCACCACCCCCACCGUUUUCCCCACCAUUGUUGGAGUGAUGGCUCAUUUCUGUCUCCCAUUGAAGUUUUUGCCGGGGUCCCGCGAGGAAGGCUCGGGGACGAGGAUAUGGGUCUUUUUUCUCACCACUGCCGCUGGCGGGGACACCGAGAAAUGCGCCGAAUUAUCGGAUCGCGGCAGUGUUGGGGUUAUGGUGCCUCUGCGUGGCCGUCCACGUGGCUUUAAUAAACUUGUUUCAACUCCAACCGACGGCGCUGCGCCAAAACUACUGAACGAUCAACAAAAACAAAGGCCGUGGCGCGAGCAACAGUCUAAAAGACCGCAGUUUACAUUGAAAAUAUUCGCCGUUACUGUAUUCUGCGCGUCGUCAGCGGCAGUUCUAGAAGUUAUCCGGGGGGAGACGGGCAUAGCCGGGUGUCUUAAGGCGGAGCGGGACGGCGCGCUGAAACCGAGUUAUCGUAAAUUGAUCUGGGCCGGGGGGCCCCGCCGGGGUGGCGGCGACGCUUCCAAAUUUGACAGCGAUGGAAAUUGGCGGGAAAGAUUAUUGGUUGCCGGGCGCUCG